AUGGCAGUCAUUAUCCGUAGGCUGUCUGAAGUGUCCCCUGGUCACCAGGACGGAGGGAUCCGGGUGGUUUGUCGAUCUGCUGGUUGGUAUCCAGAGCCUGAGGUGCUGUGGAAAGAUUUCAAUGGGCGACGUUUACCAUCACUCUCUGAAACGACAUCCCGAGGGGAUGACAACCUGUUUGAAAUAGAAACUGCUAUCGUUGUGAAAAAACAUUCUAACCAAAACUUGUCCUGUUGCAUCAGGAACACCGUUCUCAAUCAAGAAAAGGAAUCGGCAGUUUAUAUAGCAGAUCCAUUUUUCCCGAGGGUGAAUCCUUGGAUGGUGGCGCUGAGUGUGAUCCUGGUGGUUUUGAUUGGUUUUAUUGGCCUCGCUGUUAAUCUCUUUAAAAUGAAAGAGAAACAAGAUAACGAAAUAAGGUGGAGAAGAUCUGUGGCACCUAUAGAAGAAGCGAAUGUGACGCUAGAUCCAGACACGGCUCAUCCUGAGCUUGUCCUGUCCAAAGAUCAGAAAAGUGUGAGAUGGGGAAACACAAGACAGCAACUGCUCAACACCCCUGAGAGAUUUGACACUGAGUCUUGUGUGCUGGGCUGUGAGGGAUUCACCUCGGGGAGAUAUUGCUGGGAGGUGGAGGUCAGGGGUGGGCGAUACUGGGCCGUGGGGGUAGCCAGAGAGUCUGUGAGGAGGAAGGAAGGGAUCAGCCAUAGCCCUGAGGAGGGGAUCUGGGCUGUGGAGCGGUGGGAGGGUCAGUUCUGGGCUCUCACCUCCUCUGAGACCCCCCUGCCCCUGAGCCAGGCCCCCAGCAGGAUCCGGGUUUGUCUGGACUGUGACCGGGGGCAGGUGACAUUUAUCGAUGCUGGUGACAAGGCCCCAGUCUUCACUUUCCUGCCAGGCUUUGUCCCUGGGGAGAGAAUCCGACCCUGGCUGGCAGUGUGGUGGGGUUCCCAGCUCAGACUGUGUCCCUGUGUGGCAGGAGGGAUAGCUCAGUGA